AUUGAAAUUGUAUCAAGUUAGAUUAGACCUGCAGCGGCUUUUAAGAUGAAUCUUGGUGAUUUUGUUUCGAAGAAAUUUUAAAAUAUUGUCUUGCGACACAGCUAAGAAUUCUUUCAUCAUUUUCCUAAUAUGAGUCAUAAAAUUGAUCGGUUUUUACGUUAGAUCAGUAUUGAGGAAUCAAAAUAAUAAAAAGUUUAUUGCAUGCGCGCUUAAAACACAAUUAUCAAUAACAAUUAUUAAAACUUUCUCUUGUUACUUUAGGCCGUGCGCAGAAUUCGAAAGCAAACUUGAUUUAAAUUUCAUCAGGGCAAGUGCGUGCGCAUUUAAAUCUGGAGCCGGCUUGAGAGGACUGCGAUGAAAACGUUUGUACUCACGUAAUUUACGGGCUAAAUAAGAAGAAAAUAAAUCGGAUAAUAGUCAUGAAUAAUAUAUGGCGAUUGGGAUUCCUGGUUAGAGGAUGUCAACAUUAUCUUUCACUGCGAACGGCACCGAAAUUUACAACUAAGCUUGUCAGAAGAUGUACAUCGAGUGCCAACAGUAGACAUGUCAAAGACGGUCGACGGUGGCGGUUGAUCGUACCAACUGGAGUUGGGUUAUCGCUCCUCGCAGUGACACAGUGGAAUUACUUGCACAAGCAUGGAUAUCCCAUUGACGUAGAUGGUAGGCCAGAAUUGCUAAAUGAUGUCAUGGUAACAUGUUACUGUUGUCUGCCACUGAGAACAACCAGCAGAAUAUGGGGCUGGUUGAUGAGCAUCGACUUGCCAGUAAGUCUGAGGCCGACGCUGUACGGACUUUAUGCAAACAUGUUUCACGCCAACCUGGAUGAAGUAGAGUUGGAUCUGUCUGUGUUUCCAAAUCUGGUGGAAUUCUUUGUAAGGGCACUUAAGGACGGUAUGAGACCGGUUGCUCAAAAUGCAGAAAUGAUCUCACCUGCGGACGGUAAAGUUCUUUAUUUUGGACCAGUGAAUUCGUGUCGCGUCGAACAAGUGAAGGGCGUAACGUAUGAUUUGAGACAGUUCCUGGGCGAUUUGCCCGAUUCUUCGUCCGCGCAAAUGACGAAAGACGUAAAGGAUAAUUACGUUACUUCACUCUUAAAGAAUCCAGACAACAGGUUAUAUCAAUUAAUUAUUUACCUAGCGCCUGGUGAUUAUCAUCGAUUUCACAGUCCCAGCGAUUGGAAUAUAAAAUUCCGACGACAUUUUCCAGGAAAAUUGUUGAGCGUGAAUCCAAAGGUGCUCAGAUACAUGCCCAAUCUGUUCUCACUGAACGAGCGCGUUGUGUACGUUGGAGAAUGGGCGGGUGGCUUCAUGGCUUAUGCGGCGGUCGGGGCGACAAACGUGGGUUCCAUAAAAAUCUACUGCGACGGAGAAUUAGCAACCAAUAUGAUGCAGUGGCCGGAGACUGUGCACUGGAAGGAGGCGAGCUUAGGCUGCACACGCGUAGCCAAGGGCGACCUAUUUGGCGAAUUCAGGCUCGGCUCCACGAUCGUGCUACUGUUUGAGGCACCACGUGACUUCCAAUUUUGUCUGCAGCUCGAUCAGACUAUCAAAGUCGGUCAGGCACUGAGCGCGUGUUUCGACAAGCGAAAUUCCGAGCGUGACGGACGACAGAUCGAACAACACUUGGUCAUGAACGUCGCACACAACUGGAAAGAUAUAUGCAAGCCUAAAGUGUAAAAAAAUUGUAAAUAGUAAUAAUUGGCAAAUUAAAGACGUACUCGCGCAUCUUGCUCGCAUGCUUGCAAGGAAGCUGAAUUGUAGAUGAAGCAAAAGAAAAGAAAUGAAAUGAUAGGAUUAUCGUGAAGAACCGUGCGCUAAAGAUUCCGGUCUUGCUCAAGCGUAUGUGAGUAUCGAUUUUGAUUCGAUUAUUUUGUAUAUACUAGCAUUCGUGUACAGAAAAACUCUCAUGCGGUUUAUCUAAAAUUAUAUGGAAAUACAGUUUUCACGAUACCGUAUCCGUAUUCGUUGCCUUAAUUGCACGGUAUCAAGCGUCACACGCAAAAGACGGUGAUUUAGGAUAAGUUUGACACACUUAACUUAUCGCGUUGUGUCGUUUAGCUAAUAUGUGGACGGCGAACGAGUCGUGUAACGCAUAUUUUUCUCUACGAAGCCGUAUGCGAUCACGAUGGAAAACCAUAUCCGGGACCACUCAGGCGCGCGCGAGAUCAUAUUUCUCUCUCUUCCCCUUGUGCGUCACCGCCGAUAGAGGUCGGAUCAUAAACUGUUUUAGUUGCAUGCCAAAUCGAUCUUCGUUCGCAGUUAAGUCGGUCGGUCAAGGCCGUUAGAUGAAACACUUUCCUCAAUUAAAGCUCUAGCUCCCUUUUUAAACCGGAAAACAGUAGACACGUUGCGUGUUGUAAGUCUUCGCGCGUAGAGUAUCUCUUUGGUUGACUCCCUUACUAGAGCAUUUUUAUCAAUUCUUUGUUGUUAAUAUUAAUGUCGCUUGAAAAAUUUACUUUCUAAAUUAAUGAAAAUCAAAAUAUCGUCCUAAUUUGCCCAGCGCGCGAACAUGACUACGCUAAACUAGAAUUAAUGUAAUAAUACGAAUACAUUUUCUGCGCAUGAAGAUAUAUUUUAUAAUGCGAAUGCAUAAAAUAAAAAAAUCUAUUAUUACAAUAA